AUGCCACGCGUGAUUAUUGUGGCAUACGUGUUGCUGCUCAGCGUUUCAUUAUCAUCUCUGUGCCGCGCGACUUCAGAGCAGUUCAUUAGGGCCAUCGGGAAUUCACACGAGUCAUUAGUUCCUGGAAGCGCUAAAGUUUCUAUUGAUGAUGCGGCGUUUCUACCGAUUAUACCGGUGGUUCUUAAGAGUUUGAAGAACCUCACUGGGAAUAUUAAAGUCCCUCGGCAGAAAAUAGGGGGUUUGGAACUUGGAGAGGCAGAAGUGCAUAAUAUUACGGCUGGGGGCAUGUCUAUUAAUAUGGAAGAGUCAAAGCGGGUCGUUGUUGCGGUUUGGGACAUGAGUGCAGUUGUGCCAGAGUUAAACUUCACAUACACCUACUGGCUUUUCCAGUGGCAGACGUGUAAUGGAACAGCGCGGACCGAGGUCAGCGGCACGAACUCAACUCUAUAUUUCAAUCUGACCAUUGGAUCUGACGGAUUGGUCAACGAGACAAUUAAGGGCGUGAACAUCAGCAUUGGAGACUUGGAAGUGACCACCUCCAUGAGCGAUUGUCCGAGUAUGGAUGCCAUUAUUCAGCUAAUCAUUGCCAUUUUUAAGGGUAGCAUAAAAGAGCAGCUGGAGCGAAUAGUUCCAGAGAGGAUGAAUCUCAUAUUGCGCAACAAGACAGAAGAUGCUCUCACCAGCCUUCCGAUUGCCUUCAUGGACGAUCCGAAUAUAACUGAAGGCCGGAUGGAACUCUCACUAGCCAUCCUUCCCAAUGCAUCCUCGAGUCGUGUUGUACCACCUGAUGAUGUCGUGCCUCUUAAACAGCCCUUUCCGGAUCGAGACCUUGCAGUCAUUUCUUCAUUUGAUGGCGCAAACAAUAUCCUCAGGAUAUUAAGAAACUGGAGUCUUUUGAACAUGACGUUCCCCAUCCCACCCGCGUACAAUGCUUCUCUAAUUGAACCUAUAUACCCCGAUUUGUAUAAGCGCUGCUCCAACUGCUUCUUCCGCGUUGUGUGCCAGCUGGCAAACGACGUGUGGGUGGAGGAUGACGGCAACGGGGCAUUUACGUUUCAAAUGCGCAAUGGCACCAUCUCCAUGGGCCUUUAUUCGGGGAACGGCACGAGUGUGGACGCACUCAGUUUAUCAGUGAAUACGACGGCUAACGUCAAAAAGUUUUCUGUCUUCGACAGCGCUGUCACACUGAACUUGUCCGCCAUGAGUGUGUCUUUGGAUGUUGAGGCUUCGCUUAUUGGUGAUUUCAAUUCGACAGUUCUUAACAGCGACAUCCAGUGGGUGCUCGAUGUGGUGGUGGUUCCAUUGGUUAACGCACAACCGCGAGGGUUUGUCCUUCCUUUCAACCUAACGGGGCUUCUUUUUAAUGUUUCCACCGGUGCUUUCACUAUGGGAAUGAAUUCAGCAGUGAUUUCUUCACUGCUCAACAUCUUCGUCGGUCAGCGUUGGCGACCUGUGAGUGGCGAAUGA